GACACUUGCCUGGGCGACGGACGUCGAAGCGGCUCUGCCGCAGAGGUUGCCGGGAAAGGACCGGCGCGUGCGCUGCUUUGCGGGCGUUCGAGGGCGGCGUGAGGAGAGAGAGAGAGAGAGAUAAUUUUGUAGUAAUAAUAAUAGUAGGAAAGGGUUGUCGCGUCAGGCGGACGGAGCAAGAGCGAACGGGACUCUCCCGGGGGAGAAGGCAGUUGCGGCCGCUCCAGCGCCAUGGCGGGAGGAGGCAGCGCCGGCGAGUGGUGCCUCAUGGAGAGCGACCCGGGCGUCUUCACGGAGCUCAUCAAGGGCUUCGGUUGCAGAGGCGCGCAAGUAGAGGAAAUAUGGAGUUUGGAGCCAGAGAACUUUGAGAAAUUAAAGCCAGUUCAUGGAUUAAUUUUUCUGUUCAAGUGGCAACCAGGAGAAGAGCCAGCUGGCUCUGUUGUUCAGGACUCCAGAUUAGAGACUAUAUUUUUUGCUAAACAGGUAAUAAAUAACGCCUGUGCAACUCAGGCUAUAGUAAGUGUGCUAUUAAACUGCACCCAUCAAGAUGUCCAUUUAGGAGAAACGCUGUCGGAAUUUAAAGAAUUUUCACAAAGCUUUGAUGCAGCAAUGAAGGGCCUGGCAUUAAGUAACUCUGAAGUGAUUCGACAAGUCCACAACAGUUUUGCCAGACAACAAAUGUUUGAGUUUGAUGCAAAGUCGACGGCAAAAGAAGAAGAUGCUUUUCACUUUGUCAGCUAUGUUCCUGUACAUGGAAGAUUAUAUGAACUGGAUGGUCUAAGAGAAGGCCCAAUAGAUUUAGGAGUAUGCAAUCAAGAUGACUGGAUCAGUGCUGUAAGGCCCGUCAUAGAAAAACGAAUACAAAAGUACAGUGAAGGCGAAAUAAGGUUUAACUUGAUGGCAAUUGUAUCUGACAGAAAAAUGAUAUAUGAACAGAAAAUUGCAGAGUUGCAGAGACAACUUGCUGAGGAAGAGCCCAUGGAUACAGACCAGAGUAGUAAUAUACUAAGUUCUAUUCAGUCAGAAGUUGCAAAAUAUCAGCUGUUAAUUGAUGAAGAAAACCAAAAAUUGAAAAGAUACAAGGGGGCUGUGCAACCUGAUCCCUCCAACAAGAUUGAAAACAUUAGAAGAAAACAUAACUACCUGCCAUUCAUUAUGGAAUUGUUAAAGACUUUAGCAGAACACCAGCAGCUAAUCCCACUUGUAGAAAAGGCAAAAGAAAAACAGAAUGCCAAGAAAGUUCAAGAGGCCAAAUGAAGACUGGUGUCCUUUUCUUUCUUUUUGUGGGUGGCCAGGGUUUUUGUUUUGUUUUGAGAGGGGAAUGUACUUCUGAAUUUCUUCAUCUUCAUGAAAGUAACCCUGCAAGACUUACUGUAAAGUUUAAAAUUGUCCGACGCACGUUUACUGAUCGUAACAGUUUGUCCUGUCCCAUUCGCACGGAGUCUAUAAAUCUUUCCCCUUUUUCCUUGCAUCAUGUGCAUGUACUGCCGCUCGGUAAUGUUUUUAGAGUCUCCGUCAAAUUCCAGUAUUUAACAGUUAUAUCUGACUUGAUUCUUCAUAACUUAAUCAGGAAAUACUGCUGCAAUUUGUACAGACCCAAAUUUGUGAAAGUAAUGUAGAUCUUUUUACCAUGAUGAAUAUAUUUAAAUAUCUUGUCUCACAGUGAAGCAUUGGAUAUAUAGUUAUGUGAAGAAAGCUUGACUUGUUUUUUUUAAAAAAAAUAAGUUGGCUUCUCUUUGUUUAUCACCACUAACUGUCCUGGUCUCUGAAUCUUUCAGUGGCUCUCCCUGUGUUCUUGUUUAUAUGGAGUUGUGUCUAAAUUUUUUACAGAGUUGAAAGUACAGAUUGAACGGUAGAAUCAUUUAAAAUGACCAAUGGAUAAGCUUGAGAGUUUAUUGCUUUAGUAGAAAAAAUAAUAAUAAAUUCCCAUUUUUAUUUUGGCACAUGUUUGUACCUUGUAGUAUUGCUGUUCAUGGGUAAUACGAUUUUUGCAAGGAAAGCAGUCUUGCCUUCUCUUGAGCCAUUUAUGUGACACCAAAGUUGCAAAAGAUAUUUGCAGAGAUGUUUUCUCAUAGGAUGAGGUUGUAUCUAGUACGAUUUCAGGGAGAAUUUUUAACUUGCCCUGCACUUGUGUACAUCACCACAUGUAUAGAUUUUUUCCUGAUAUUCCCAAUUAAACAAAUGCUCUAUUUUCAUCCUUCAAGAUUUUAGAAGAAAAAAAGUACCUUUUUGUUUAGCGGUGUAUUUAAUGGGUGAAAAAUUCAUGCUUUGUCAUGAGCACACAUUGACAUUUCAGCUGAAUCAACCACUCUGAAAGGCAAAAAAAUGAACGAUAGGUAUCCAAAAUAUUUCUGUGUUGCCUUUCUGUCUCAUAGUUUAGGAAGCUCAAUGUAACUGUCACCAACAUUUUGGAAACAGUCCUAUGGUGUGGCAGGGAGGACAGGCAACAGCAGCAGCUGGUUUCCCAUUUUUAUCCUGUGUUGUAUAAAAAGUGACUUGCAGGACAAAUGCCAGUUGAGACAGAGAGACAGAGCACCUUCGUCUGGUGUUAGAACACUACUGGGCAGAAAGGCAGGUGGUGGGGAGGUUCAUAAGCUGUGUGAUUACACCACAAAUACUGUACCAUUUGCCCUAUUCUUACACACACACACACCAGGCUAAAUCCUUGCUAGAGGUGGGAUACAGAACAUGGUCUCCCUAAAAGACCUGAUUUAGCAGGUUUAUCUGUGAGGUGAUCCUUUUAAGUAUCCUGGACAUAAGCCAUUCAAGCAUUAAAGGCGAUGAUCAGCAGUUUGAACUGCAAAUAAAGAGUAUGUUGGGGUUUGCAUGAUAAAAAAUAAAAGCACUAGCCAUAGCUUUGGCUUCUCUGCUUUGCACCAGCCAAAACCUCUGAACAAGGCAGUCCCACAGAGAUCAAGUUACAGCAAUCCAGCCUUCAUGUAUUAAUUAAUUCUUGUGACCAGAGCUAAUCUACCUUUGCCAGGAAUGGAGGCAAUUGCUGCGCACAUCUAAGCUGCAUAAAAGCACCUUUGACCACCUCAGCUCUCUGAUGUUACUCUUUGAGUACUUCCCCCACUCUUUGAGAGAUGCAGCGCCCCACCCCAAAUGAGUUGAGCCCCAGUCCUGCUGAUUAGCAGUACUUCGCCUGGAUUAAGCCUGGAUUUUGUUAGCCUGCCUCCACAUCCAGCUCAAUAUUGUCUCUUGUUGACUGACAGCAGUUCUCCUGCAUUUCAGAUAGGGACUUGAAACUUCUUGCAUGCGAAACAGAUGCUGGCAACACUCAGCCAUGACUCUUCAUGAUUUAUGAUGGAAAGAAGAGAUAGAGACGCUGUAUACAGGCUGGUGAUACUGAAUCGGAAGUCUCUGGUCCCUGUCCCCUUUGCACCCAUUUCAUAUUGAUGAUAAAAAAGCAUCUAUAUGCCAUUCCUUUGGUGUCAAAUAGAAGUCGUCCCCCCCCCGUGCCACAUCCGAAGCCUAUGCCCCAGCAAGGACUGCAGAACAGUGUGUCUAUCCUAGCUGUGUGGUCUAGAAGCAUUCAAGAGCAGCUCCAGGUUAGCCCUGCUGAGAGUUGCUGCACCAGCAGAACUAAUAGAGGUGCUCUCUCUCUGUCUGGCUUCUGAAUAAAUAACCCAUCAGAGCAACCCAUACUCUCCCCGUCCCAAAACAGCUGAAACGGAUCUAUGUAAAUGCUCUCGUUCCUAAGAGUCCAGUUGCUACUUCACACUAAAACUCCUUGCCCAGAAAUUAGAUGUUUUGAGGCUUGUCUGCCCACUACGCGCCUGUGAUUUUGAUGUGUGUUAAUUCCUUUCCCACAUCUUAUUUGAUGGCCGCUGCAUGAGAGGUGCUUCCCAGGGGUUCAUUUUUGCAGGUGUGUUUGAAUAUCAUAGCCGUGUGGGCUGUGCCAGAGUGGCUAUGGAAAGCUCACGCAAGUGUGCCCAGCUGAAUGCUGAUCCGGUAGGAAAGACCUGUGCAAUUGGCGCUGCCCAUGCGGUCGCUAUAUCCAUGCACCCCUCGCAUGGAUUGACACCACGGAAAAAUGGUAGUUGGAUUACUGCGUGUGAAGGGGGGCCAUUAUGCCUUUCUGCACAGCUGUUGCUACAAGUGGUGCAAGUCUGCCUUGUGUAGGGACAUGAAGAUCAAGUUCUGAUAAAAAGGAGAAUAAGAUACAUGAUCCAAUACUUGUUGCUUGGGAGCAUUUAACAAAAGGGUUUGGUUUUUUUUUUAAGUAUUCCAAGCGGUUUCAUUUUUCAUUUUAUCUUGUGUAAUCUAACUUUUUUUUCUUCAUUAGGAAUGUUGCUGGCACUUGCUUGUGGUUAUUUAAGCUACUUAAUAAGUCAUUCCCCCUCUCCCUCCCCCCCCCCCCCCGGUAGGUUUAGCUUUUUAAUUACAUACCAAAUACAGUUGUAUAAGCCAAAUCCUGCAACUUGCGCUAUGGGGCAUUACUUCAGAAAACAGCUCUGUGUUGCGUGUUAACAACACUGAAGCUGGUGUAAAUUUGAUCAUUUAAUAUCUGUUCUUCCCUGUGCUGCUUUUUUAAAAAAACAAAAAUUGUGAAGUAAAGGCUGCCUGGGAAUGUUAGAUGGAGGAGCAGAGGCACCCAUUUCUCUGCCUCCAUGGCAACAUUUGGCAUAGUGAUACUGCAUACAUUUGAUCUGCAACCCAUUUCCCUCAGCAGAGGGCAGGGAAGGGCCAUGCAAGUUGGGUGUAUGCAUUGUUAGGGAAUUUUACGAGCGGGAAGGUAAACAGCAUUUCCAUGAGCUCUUGUUUCCGUCACAAUGUCCUGUUGCACCAGAAGCGGUUUAGUCAUGCUGGACACAUUACGCGGAAAGCUGUCUGGAUAAACGCCGGCUCCCUCGGCCUGAAAAGUGAAAUGAGCGCCGCAACCCCAUAGCCGCCUUUGACUGGACUUAACAGUCCAGGGGACCUUUACCUUUUUUACCUUUAUCUUGGCUAAAGCAUCCAUGACAGAUGGUCAUCCAACCUCUUGCCAUCCAACCCUUGUUUGUUAUGGUUUAGGUGAAGAAAGAAAUUCCAACAGCAGGGACCUCCAGGCUUGAGGAAAGGUUGGGCAAAUGUAUGUAUGCUUUGUGCCUAAGUACUGCUGUCUGUUCCCAGUUUAAAACCACGAGUCCCUAAGGCAAUAAUAAAACCUCUUGUUACAAAUUGAUUAGCAUCCUCCUGAUUAGCAUCCAGUCAUAUUUUGAGAAGGAACAGAAGUUCCACCCACCACAGGGAUGCUCCUAAAAAUGGCAAAUGCCUAUGGCAAAUAGUCCUCCUCCUACAUCAUUUUGGUAUUUUCUCAUGGUGAGUUUCCCUGCACUGGUUAGUAGGGUAACAAAAGUCACAGUGUGAUGUAGCAGAGGCACAGAGAGCGUGUUGCAGGGGGUGUGAUUUCUGCUGAAUUUCCCUUCAUGCACCCUGUACUGUAGGUUACUUUGUUCAUUCCCAGGUUUGCGGGUAUGAUAAGAAAACAAGAAUUUGCUCUGCGGUAGCAGAAAUAUUUCUCAUUCUUUGGAGGCUGGCCUCUGUACAGUUGUAAAAAUAGUUCAAGUUCCUAAGGCACUAGUUUUGCAGCUUUAAGACACCCAACGUGAUAUUUUGAUCCUGAAGUUACAGAAGCCCCUUUAUUUUUACCAGGAGAACACAGAAAGCUGCCUUAUACUGUUGGUAUUCCAUCUAGUAUUGUCUAUACUGACUGGCAGGGGCUCUGCAGGGUUUCAGGCAGGAUUUGAACCUGGGCUUUCUGCAUUCACAACAGAUGCUCUGCCAAAGAGCCACAGCCCUUCCUCAUAGAAUCUUCCUAUGAAAUGAGAAGAAAACCGUUUGCAUGAGAUAACGGUGGCUUUCAUGUGGCAGCAGCCUUUUGUUUCUGCACGUAUCGCCUCCUGGCCUCAUGGGAAUCUCAUUUUCCAUUACUUCAUCUCCAAACGCAAGGCCUGAAGACAGGCAGGAGCCUGAGCGUUCCUACAGGGGCUUUUGAGUAAAUGCGGAAAGGGAAAAAAAUUUUCAUUUUCCAACAAGAGAAGGAUCAGUGUCAUCCAAGGAGACGAAGGGCUCCUAGGCAACGGAGACUGGCAAAAGCGCUCCAGGGCCAUUGUUUGAGAUGUUUGCAAUCUUAGGUUUACAAUAGCCCUGCCAGUCUGCAAGAAGAAGCCCUACCACAAAGCAGCUGAACUUGCAGCCUCUUCACUUUUUAAAAUCUCUGCACAAAUAGCUACAGCUGAGUUCAUGUAGUUGCAUAUCCAAGGAGCAUUGCUGGGGGUGUUUUCUUAAGAACAUAAGAAGCGCCUCCUGGAUUAGGCCAGUGGUGCAUCUUAAGGCCCAUUGGAAGCCUAUAAGAAGGAUCUGAGUGCAAUAGCACUCUUCCCUCCAGAGGCUUCUUGCUUUAUCCUUGAGCAGGAUUUAUUCUGUAGUUUCUGAAAUCCAGAAGGGUGGUGGGAAAGGCCCUCGAGGGUGAUCACAAAGGGCACUACAAAUAAUAAACAAUUUUGUAAAAUACAGCUUGCCAAACUUCAAAGCAGCAGUAUUUCUAUGACACCUUUAAAAUGAAGGACCUGAACCCCAAAGGCAUUCUUCCCCUUGCCUAAAAGCAAAAACAGAGGCAGAAAUGUAAAAAAACAA